AAGAUCCAGGGUGGCGAGUCCAGAAACCCGCUAUCCGGCGGAGGUUCGCUUCAAAAGAGCAGGCUUCAUGGCGGCGCGGCAGUUGUGCCAGAUACUGCGGCGAGUGCUAAGGGCCAGCACCCGGAGCUGCAGCUCGGGGGUUCCGGUGACGCAACCCCAGCCCGGGGAGCCCUCCCGACCUGCAGCUGAGGAGCUGUCCAGGCGGAAGCGGUUCCUGAGGGAGCACAUGGUCCCCUUCUCCGCCUUCCUCACCGACAGCUUCGGCCGUAGGCACAGCUACCUGCGGAUCUCCCUCACUGAGAAGUGCAACCUCAGAUGUCAAUACUGCAUGCCUGAGGAGGGUGUCCCACUGACCCCCAAGGCGGACCUGCUGACCACAGAGGAGAUCCUGGCCCUCGCACGGCUCUUUGUGAAGGAGGGCAUAGACAAGAUCCGGCUCACGGGUGGAGAGCCGCUGAUCCGGCCAGACGUUGUCAGCAUCGUGGCUCGGCUCCACCAGCUAGAAGGGCUGAGGACCAUCGGAGUCACCACAAAUGGCAUCAAUCUAGCCCGGCUGCUGCCCCAGCUUCAGAAAGCUGGUCUCAGUGCCAUCAACAUCAGCCUGGACACCCUGGUGCCAGCCAAGUUUGAGUUCAUCGUCCGCAGGAAAGGCUUCCACAAAGUCAUGGAGGGCAUCCACAAGGCCAUCGAGCUGGGCUACAACCCGGUGAAGGUGAACUGCGUGGUGAUGCGAGGCCUGAAUGAGGAUGAGCUCCUGGACUUUGUGGCAUUGACUAAGGGACUGCCCCUGGACGUGCGCUUCAUAGAGUACAUGCCCUUUGAUGGCAACAAGUGGAACUUCAAAAAGAUGGUCAGCUACAAGGAAAUGCUGGACAGAGUCCAGCAGCAGUGGCCAGAGCUGGAGAAGCUGCCAGAGGAGGAAUCCAGCACAGCCAAGGCCUUUAAGAUCCCUGGUUUCUGUGGCCAAAUCGGCUUCAUCACAUCCAUGUCUGAGCAUUUCUGUGGGACAUGCAACCGGCUGCGGAUCACAGCUGAUGGGAACCUUAAGGUCUGCCUCUUUGGGAACUCAGAGGUGUCUCUACGGGACCACCUACGGGCGGGGGCCUCCGAGGAGGAGCUGCUGAGAAUCAUCGGGGCUGCCGUAGGCAGGAAGAAGCGGCAGCACGCAGGCAUGUUCAAUAUUUCCCAGAUGAAGAACCGGCCCAUGAUCCUCAUCGAGUUAUUUUUGAUGCGCCAAGAUUCCCCACCAGCCAUUCUAGGCAUCUCCUCCUGGGCCCCCUUCCGUGUUCAGGGUCUGAGACCCAGUGUGAGUUUCUCCAGCCGGAUGGCAACUUUUUGGAACGGAUGCGGUGUGCCCCGGGCUCCUUCCCUAGCCCAGCAGUGGCUGGGCUAUGGCUCCCCUCAGAGACACUACAGUUCCCACCUACACUCAGACACCAACCCAAAGUGCCUUAGCCCAGAGUCUCAGGCUCCUGCCACCCCCUCAGCACCCCUGUCACCCUCAGACCAACUAACCCAUGUGGACCCGGAAGGACGGGCAGCUAUGGUAGAUGUGGGUGGGAAGCCAGAUACCGAGCGGGUGGCUGUGGCCUCAGCCGUGGUCCUCCUGGGGCCCAUGGCCUUCAAGCUCGUCCAGCAGAACCAGCUCAAGAAGGGAGAUGCCCUGGUGGUGGCCCAGCUGGCUGGAGUCCAGGCAGCCAAGCUGACCAGCCAGUUGAUUCCCCUGUGCCACCACGUGACCCUGAGCCAUGUCCAGGUACGGCUGGAGCUGGACAGCACCCGCCAUGCUGUGGUGAUCCAGGCAUCUUGCCGCGCCCGGGGCCCCACGGGCGUGGAGAUGGAAGCCCUGACCUCAGCUGCUGUGGCUGCCCUCACCCUGUACGACAUGUGCAAGGCUGUCAGCAGGGACAUUGUGCUGGGGGAGAUCAAGCUCCUUAGCAAGACAGGGGGUCAGCGGGGGGACUUCCAUCAGACUUAGAGCUCCUGCCCUCUCUCACCCAUGGCCCAGCCAGGUUACAGGCAGGGUGUGGCCGAGGGAAAGAUGUCAGGUUCCUUAACCCCAUCCUUGUUCACCUUCACCAGGAAGAGCCUGAGCUUAGCCCACUGCUUUACUGCUAGGUGAUCUAGAAUUCUGUGACCUGGAAAGUGUUUCCUUUAUACCUGGAGGAAGCAGACAAGCCCCUUAAGCCUUCCAGUAUGUUAAAGUCACAGGAGAGGAUUGCAAUGAGCAAUUCUGUGUAACUGAGAAAUCAUAUUGGGUUAUUUGUUGACUACUGCAGAUGAGCUGUUUGAAUCUAGCUCAUAACUCCCACUUCUCAUUUUGGGUUUCCUCUUCUGUUUCCCUGGGGGAAGGAAUAAGGGCUUAUUAAGCAGAGGAACUCACUUUGAGAAGGGAAAAAUCACAAGCUUGGAUAAAGACUGUAUCAAGAUUUCUUGUCAGCAGUCUUGCCUUCCCGUUUGUGAGAAGCUACAGCCCCACAUUUUCCCUACUGCUCUACCAUCCCUCCUUUGAAGAGCCAAUUAUUCACUUCUUUGGCUGGAGUUUGUGUCCAUCAGACUUUCAGGAUUUCGACUUGACAUUUGCACCAUCCUGCCAGUUCCCUCUCCUUGGUCCCUUUUGUUCUAAACAGGACACUCACAUGGGCUGUGGCCUGAAGGACUCAGACCGACCACAUGCCACACAGCUGGCCUUGCUCACCGCCUUUCUAUACCUCUUUAUCUUGGAACAUAUCAGGGAGAAAAAGAGAGCUGGAAAGUGUUGUCACCCUCACAGUGAACUUCAAAGCCACGAUGCCAAUUUUGGAAAUGGAGAAACGAGGAUUGUCUGCACAGAGGCACCGAGCCACUGCAAUUUCACCCCUCCACCCCAUCCUGGGUG